UUUAAUUAGUUUCAACAUUCAAGUGUUUCGUUUGUAGGCUAUAAAAAGUAUAUUGAUAAGAUAAGAUAACGCGAAUUCAAAUCAAAUAUUACGGUAUAUUAGAUUAUGGAAGGCGAUUGGUAAAAAUAAGUGAAUGGAAAUAUAAAAAUAAAUACUCUAACGGUCUCUAUAACAUUAUGUUGGUAUAAUAAUGUAAAUCACAAAACAAGGACCAUAAUAUCUUUAUCAGAAACGUUUAGAUGAGAAUUUUGCAGUGUCGUAUAUACGAGUCAACAAUAAAGUCUCUCAAAACGAAUGUAAGCAACUGAAAGACUCAUAGUUGCUUAUAAAUAUAUACAAUUAUUUCAACUUCGAUCAGUUGUUUGAAUUCUUUGCAACAAUCAAGUGUUUUGUUCGUAAGGUAUAGAAAUAAUAUUGAUAAGAUGUCAUACAAAGUGGAACAACUACCCGAAUCUUAUGGAUUUCUCGGUGAGGGACCACAUUGGGACACUGAAACACAAAGCCUCUACUUUGUCGAUAUUCUAAAUGCUAAAUUGCUACGCUAUGACUACAAAGAGAAUAAAACUUAUAGCGCUAAGGUAGAGAAUGAGAAACAAACUUCCUUCAUUAUACCAAUCGAAGGCGAGAUUGGCAAAUUUGCUGUAGGUUGUGGAUGUCGUGUGGCCGUCGUAGCGUGGGAUGGUGUGGCGCCUAUUGUGAAAGUGGAACGUAUUGCCUAUACACUGCAACAAGGCGACGAAGUUUGUGAACAUAAUUUCAACGACGGCAAGGCCGAUCCACGUGGUCGCCUUUUUACUGGUACCAUCUACGGUGAUUUUAGAGAGUCUAACCCACUUGGUGAAUUAUAUCGAUUUGAAAAGGGGCAGCCAAUGGCAGUUAUAAGGUCGGGAAUAACCAUUUCCAACGGGUUGGCGUGGAACGAGAAAACAAACAAAUUCUAUUAUAUCGACUCACCAAAGUACGAAGUAACCGAGUAUGAUUAUGAUUUCGAUACGGGCGUGGCCAGCAACCCUAAGGUAGUUUUCAAGCAUGCCGAACAUAUGCCCGACGGCAUGACUAUUGAUACAGAGGGAAAUAUUUAUAUUGCCACGUUUACAGGUCAUACGGUCUAUAAAGUCAAUCCAAGCACUCAAGAAAUUUUGCUGGCAAUCAAAUUGCCUACCUUGCAUGUAACUUCUGUGGCUUUUGGCGGACCAAAUUUGGAUACUUUAUUUGUAACUACCUCGUCGUUUGGCGAUGAACCUGCUCCAGCUGGCUAUACAUUUAAGGUUACUGGUUUGGGUACAAAAGGAUUGCCAAUGAGGAAAGUAAAAAUCUAAAACACCAAUGUGUAUAUAUACCUUUGAUUCGAACUGGAAUGCUUAUUUGUAGUAUCACUAAAAUUUUCUUUACCUUAAUUUGAAAAUAAAUAACUUGGAAGUGAAA